AUGGAGGACACUGAAAAUUCUGUUGCUAAACCAACAACGACCUCAAACUCAUGGGUCUCGUCUUCCUUCAUUAUACUUGUAGUGCUUGGCAUAAUCGUGGUGAAGAUGUUCAGGCAACAAAAUCAUAUUCCAGCAAUACAAUUUGCGAUUUUCAAUUUUUCUCAAUACACAGUGCAUCGUCCAAGUCCAAGUCAAGAGCUCCGGAUUCUUUUGGUUGGAAAAACAGGAGUGGGGAAAAGUGCAACAGGCAACACCAUCCUGGGAAAAAAGGUUUUUAAAUCAGAGGUAUCAUUCUCCUCUGUGACUGCACAAUGUGAAAAAUUUCAUGAAAUAAUAAAUGGCAGAAAAGUAUCUGUCAUUGACUCUCCAGGUGUGUUUGACACAAAUCUAACUAAAGAUGAAAUUAUCCAAAGAAUUAAACAUGGUAUUCCACUCUCUGCUCCGGGUCCACACGUCUUCUUAAUUGUGAUUCCCGUGGGCAGAUUCACAGAUGAAGACGCAGAAGCUGUUAAAAUCAUUCAAGCCAUUUUUGGUAAUGAAUCCUCCACAUACACCAUGGUAAUAUUUACUUGUGGAGAUCAACUGAAGGGCAAAAACAUUCACGAAUUGGUCCGUACCAACCCAAAACUUCUCAGUUUCAUCAAAACGUACAGUGGACGAUAUCACAUGUUCAACAAUAAAGAACAAAAUUGUGAACAGGUCAAUCAGUUGCUGGACCAAAUCGAUAAAAUUGUCACUGUAAAUGGUGGGCAACACUACACCAAUGAGAUGCUAGAAAGAGUAGAGAGAUUAAUUCAGGAAAAUACACGUCUUAUCCUGGAGGAGGAGGAGAGGAGGAGGAGGCAAACUCUGCAGGUGAUGGGUUUACAGCCCAGAUCUCCCAGAAAAAACUUUGAAAGAGAAAGUAAUUAUGAGCAGCAAGCAAGAUGGAGAGCUGAGAGAGAUCCAUCAAUAAUAAACAAAGUGGUAAAUUAUUUGAAGGAACUACUACUAAAUAUAAUUUUGCCUGUCUCAACUCAUUUUUUCAAGAACAUGUGUCCCCACUAACAAAUUAAUAUAUGUUGCAACAAUGUUUUUUGUAUUUUCACUAUAUUUAAUACUUGUGAUUGUGUAGCAUAUAUAGCUGUAUAAUUAGAAAGUAUUCUCCUCUGAUUUGAUGCAUUUAACAGAAAAAAAAAAGUUUUGUUACUUUUUUCGUAUCAAUGCAAUCUCUAUUGAUUAUGCCAUUGAAUAUUAAACACAGUAAAACUACUCAGUUUUACUCAGAAUCACUUAAGUUUCUGUCAGGUGAAGAAAAGAUUUCAACAUAAUUUGAAAUUUGAUUUUUUUUCUUUUCUUUUACUAAACUUGCUCAAUAGCACACCUGUUAUAGAACUUUACUUGCAAAGCACUUUGGUACAAGUCCUUUAAAACAUGACACUCCACAGAGAUAAAGCUAAUGGUGUGGUUGCUUCAACAAAUGCAUUUGAAUGUACUGAAUGUGACCAACUAAAUGGGAUUUUUCAUGUAGGGCACCCAUUUUAUCAGCAGUGGCCUUGUCUAUAUAUCAAGCUCUAAAUUGCAAACAGUGAUAAUUCAUUGUUCUUCUUUGAGAAAUUGUUUAAUUUGUGAACAUACCAUUUGUGUUAUUUAAGACCAAGCAGAAGCCUCAUCAGCAGGG